ACACAGUCAGGGUUUCCGAGGGCAACGGAGGGAGGGAGAGAGAGAGGGAGAGAGGGGGAGGGAGAGAGAGGGAGAGGGAGAGGGAGGGCCAUCACGUCAAAGGGUUGGUUUUGCAGAGCUCCGGCAGUGCAGUGCAGUGCACACACUGUAGGUUUGUGUGGAAGAGACCUCUGGAGCAGCUCUGGGUGAGGAAGGAAUCGAACCAGGUCCUCUUGCUUUCGGGAAGAGUGCUCUAACCACUGAGCUACAGGAGUGCACAAACAUGAUGAUAUGGUAAAAAGCACAUUGUCAACAUCCUAAGAUUUUGCUGACUUUUAAUGUCCUUGUGAUAAAGGAUGAUAGAAAUAAGUUUCGUUAAGAAGGUACAGAGAACGAAAAGGUCUUGCUGAAUUGAGCGUCGGAACGGAGAUAAGAACGCAUCACAUUGAAUGUGGACACUACAUAAUGCCUGAAAUAUGGAUGUGAAAGAACGAAGGCCGUACUGCUCCCUCACCAAAACCAGACGAGACAAAGAGCGACGCUACACAAAUUCCUCAGUGGACAACGACGAGUGUCGAGUGCCCACUCAGAAAUCCUACAGCUCCAGUGAAACCCUUAAGGCCUAUGAUCAUGACACAAGGCUGAUGUAUGGAAAUAGAGUUACAGAUCUUGUUCACAGGGAAGCUGAUGAAUACACUAGACCAGCGGCAAAUUUUUCCCUGAGGGAAUUGGGAAUCUGUGAGCCUGCCACUCGCCGAGGGUUAGCGUUCUGUGCAGAGAUGGGUCUCCCCCACCGAGGCUACUCAGUGAACACAGGGUCGGACGCCGACACAGAAAAUGAAGGAGUGAUGUCCCCGGAGCACGCCAUGAGGCUGUGGGGCAGGGGGGUCAAAUCCGCUCGCAGCUCCUGCCUGUCAAGCCGUUCCAACUCAGCCCUCACGCUGACUGACACAGAGCACGAAAACAACAAGUCGGACAGUGAAAAUGCAUAG